AGUCAGAUUGACUGAUUGACUCUUCUUCUUCUUCUCUUCUCUUCUCUGAUCAUCAGCACGCUGCAGUGAUGUCAAACACUAAACUAGAAGGAUGGAGCGAAUUGAAGCUGUUGACUCAAGAGGAGAAAAAGAUUUGCCUUGAGUUGAGGCCAAAGAUAGAGAAGCAGCGAAACACUACUUUUUUGAUGUACAUUCCUGUGGUCAGUCGUACUCAGACUGUGAAUGGAAAAAAUUACAUGUUCAAGGUGUUGGUCGGUGUUGAGAAGGAUGACUGUGUGUGUGUUCACGCAGAGGCUCUUCCCUGUGAUGGAGGGGGAGUGCGUCUGGUUGCAGACGACUACCCUAAAAAUAUUGAAGACCCGCUGCUUCCUCUUGAAGACCCCAAGAAAUAGUCUUCAUGUGAUAACAGACACAUGCAGUGAUGGAGGAACAACUGAAAUGUUUUUGUAUUCCUCAAUAAUAAACUCUAUAAUCAAAUCCUCCGGUGUGAGUUUUUUCUCUCUGGUACUGUGUGGUUCUGAUUGGUUGCUGCUCUCGUAGCGACCCCUUGCUAUUAGUUUCUGGAGCAAGACUAUUUACUCAUUUAAAAAACAUCUUAACAAAAAAUCUAAUUGCUUUCUUGUCCAAAACAUUGCACAUGCAUAUAUAUAUAAGUGUA